ACGGCUAUGGCUGCGUUUCUCAUCUAAACCUCUCCGGCUAAAGAACAGAUCUAAAAAUACAGAUUUCCCUUGCAUGUCUGAUAACAAAAGGCGUUAUCGAUUCGCUAAUUCUUAUCGAUCGCCUGUGGACUACGAAAAUGGAUCGGGCGUAGAAUUUGAAGGAUGGAAGAUCAGUCGUUUUAACCCUUUCCAUUCCAUGAUCCACAAACAAUCGAGUUGAAGAUGAUGCGUCAGGUGACCGGCAACAGCAACGACUACUGCAUGAGCGGCAGGCCAUCAUGCCUGGCAGAGGACGGCCGACACCCCGCCAGUCACUUUGACUUGUGCACGACCCAGUCCAACAAGUUCUACCCGGCCCCCCAGCCCCCUCCCUUGCAGAUGACCUUACCCCCCCUGACCAUGCCGCCCCAGAACACCUUAACGCCCAGGUCCUGUCAGCGACAGGACAGCCUUAGUGAAACACACUCCCAAGCUGUGGGAGUCACGAACAGUGAGAAGCCGGAGGACUCCAAGAAAAAGAAGAGCCUGGGUCGGUCCGGGAGGAGAGGGAGGCCCUCGGGGACCACCAAAUCGGCGGGUUACAGGACCAGCACGGGCCGGCCUCUGGGCACCACCAAGGCUGCCGGGUUCAAGACAAGUCCGGGGAGGCCACUGGGCACGACCAAGGCGGCCGGCUAUAAGGUCAGCCCCGGGAGGCCCCCUGGUAGCAUCAAGACCCUGUCUCGUCUCAACAAACUGGGGUACGGCACAUGUAGCGCCGCGGCGUUCCCCUACACCAUGAUGCACAAAGGGGGCCUCUGUGAACCCUCAAGCAAAGAGAAGGAGACAAAUGAGUAAAGUCACACUUUUCUACUUUUCUUGUUGUUUUUGGGUGGGAGGCUGGGGGUGUAAAAAGGGUGCUGUCAAAUAGAGUGUGUGUGUUUGUGACAUUGAUGUGUGUCUGAUAGGUGUACGACUCGCGGCAUCUUCCUCCUCAGUUUGCCAGUUAUCCUACAUGGUGCUGGUGUGGUAUGAGGGGGUCGUGUGUGCUGGAAGUGUGCCAGUGUUGGCUGGUUGUUAUCUGACAUGUCAUUUAGACUGCCCGUUGUUUUCAGAUCUAUAUUAACUGUUACACUUAAUUACGUGAAAUUUAGCAUGUUAAAAGAGAGCCUUUAUUUGUUAAAAAGAUGUGAGCAGACCCUAUCAACAGAAUAGUGUGGGGCGAAUAUUGGUUAUUUGAAAUAUAAAUACAAGUAGGCCACUGGGUGGCAAGCUCAUUCUUCUAUCUUCUUAUCCUCCUCAGGAUUGUAACAUUAAGUUUGAAUUUUAGUUUCUUUAAAUAUUUCUUUUCUCACAUUUCUGUAUCGGCCGCCAAAAAAUGCAUACAUCUAUAUUUGAGUAUGAGUUAUCAGAAAAAUACCUUUUAAAAAUGAGAUUUUACUGGGCAGUUUAAUUUACGGAUUUCCUUAUGUUACCAAAAUUCACCGAUGUGUUUUCUUAAUUAACUUGUACAAUAUAAAUUGUAUACUUAUACUAACAAUAAUUUAAAACAAAAUAUCUCUCUCUAAAUUAGGAUUAUUUUUAAUCUACACUACAGCACAUAUAAAUAUAGAAGUGGAGUACAUUUGCAGUGAGCGAAAAACAAUGCUGAUUUAAAUCACUGCAGAUGGAGUUUAUUCUUUGGUGUUAUCUGAAUUAGUAUGAGCUGAGAAUUUCCUAUUAUGUUGUCUCUGUGGCUAGUUUUAUACUGUGAAAGGACUAUACUUUUUACCAGGUCGUGAAGAUGUAUUUUGCAGUGUUUUGUACUGACAUGAGUUCUGUAGUAGCUGACGUAACCUUAAGCAGAAGGCAUUAAUGCAACACUUGAACUGGAUUCCCCACAUAAUGGUCUUGACAAUACAAAACUGACAUAGGAGCUUAUCUUCUGCUCUCUUCAACCAAUCCAGCAAAGGGGUUUUUAAGAUGGGGUAUAACCUUGCAGUGCCAUGCUGCUUGGAACUAAGAACCGCUGCUUGGAACUAAGAACCGCUGCUUGGAACUAAGAACCGCUGCUUGGAACUAAGAACCGCUGCCGUUAUUGAUUUGCUAAUUCAUUGAACAUGGCACCUGAUUGACUUCCACUGAACCAAUUAUCAAGUCUGGCAUUUCUGUUUCCUAGUUCCAACCGGCACAUUAAUGUCCAAAAUCUGAGGUCUACGCAAGAGUCUACGAGGGCCGGAGCCAGCUGGUUUUCUGCUCUACCUCAUCAUUAAUGUCACCCUAUAAAUAAGUCUCUGAUUAGAAGGUUGUAAUGAAGAAACGGAAUGGAACUGGCUCGGGGGGCAGAGUUAAAUACCCCUGGUUUACAGACUCUCCCUUUCCUUUUCAUAGUGAUGUAGAAUUUCUGCUAUUUUGUGAUCUUGCUGAGAGUGGUCUGGAAAGCAAACUAUUAUUUAAUUUGAUCCACUCACCGUAGGCCGACCUGCGGCUAACAGGACUUGGGGUAAUUUCAGGAAGGUGUACCUUUGUUCAGCAAAUGGCACGUAGAAAAAAACAGCAUUCUGACAUGUAGAAUAAGGAAUAAUGUGAAUUUUAUUCAUUACAUUUGCCUGCUGAACAUGGCCUAUUGCUGUUCUCACAGUGUUCAUUGUGUGUUGCUGUUGUUGUUGGUUUAGCGACACACCAAAUAUUGCCAGAAGUGUUCCUCAUGGGAAGAGAUCAUCCAGUCCUUUUGUUUAGGUUCUAAACCAAAUAACAUUUAUACCGUUUGAUAUCCUUAUUUGCAUUGUAAUUUCUAAAUCAGAAAUAAUAUGACACUCAACUUUUGCUCUACGUGCUGCUUUGUAAAUCCAACGAGAUAACACUAUUUACAUGCAGUUAAAAAUUAUAGGCGUAUGUGCUUUUGUAAAUAUCUAAAACAUUUACUCCUUUUCUUAUUUCUAUUUUUCUUUCUUAUUUCAUUUUUUUUACCUCGGAGCAUGGAUAGUGGCCAGCUAUCUUUUCAUCAUCUAUUUUCAGUGCAAUAAUCUGCUCAAUGUUGUGUAUGUUAUAUUUUCUAUCACAAGCUUCUAUACCAUUUCUGUUCUGUAUUCUAUCAUGUCUAUUGUUGAAAUGUGUGUGAGCACUUGAGGCACUUGAAGAGCCUCCAAAUACCUGCUUUUGUUUGUCCAUUGGAGAGAUUAAUUGCAUUUGGAUGUAAAACAAAUUAUUCAUUUAAAUAAUUAAUGGGAUGGCGUACAGAAAUUCACCACUCUGUUCCAUUCAACCUACAGUGUUUAUCAUCUUAACCAAAGAGUCAGAUGUUGUCUGCCUUCGAGCUCAAGCUUUUUAAAUGAGUGCAUGCUAGUGUAGUUCAUAACAAAUAAGAUAUUUUGAAAAACUAUAAAAUGAAUCAUCUAACAUAACACAAAUUUAAAUAGGGAUAAAGUACUUAUUUACAUCUGCUGAAUUUACUGCAGGUAUAAACCAUACAAUUACUAAUUAUUUUCUGUUGGAAACGUUUUGAAGAACGUGUCCUGUUCAUUUACAUUCAUUGCGUUGGGAAUUCCUUGAACACCUUUGAAAACAAAAGGAGCAGUAUUAAUAUUUCACUGACAAUACAUUUAGCAUUUCCAUACAUUCAAUUGCCUUUUAUGUGGUGCCUUUGUAGCAACCUUUAAUAUUACAUUCACAGUUUAUUGUCAUAUUGUACUCACAAUAUUAUAAUGGUAUGUGUAUUGUUAUAUGUAUGGUAACGUUAUACCCCUUCGCUUUUACAGCUGUCUGCUUCUUAUUGACAUUUUCAAAACAAUGUUUGGUAAGAAAUAUUAAUAUAAUACUAGAACUUGGUUAAAAUGUUACAAUCAGCUUUGUUAUAUGGGGAAUAUUCCUGUCAUUCAAAAUUUGGUUACACACUUGACUACAUAAAUACAUUUUCUGUAAGACUAUAUUUUAUUUCUAUAUAUUUAAAAUUCAUAGAAAUGUGUUUGUAAACACAAAGUUGCAUCCACUAUUUAAUAUAAUUGCAUUCUGAAUGGAUCAAAGUUACACAUGCCUUUAACACAUUGAGUGAGUUGCACUUCAAUAACAGUGAAUUUUAAACAUUCUUCUUGUAAACCUUAAUUCUACCAUUGGUAGAAUAAAUGAAUGGCUGGAAAGGUGUUAUCAUUGUUAUGAAUUUAUGUCAAGCUGUACAGAAAGGGUUUCUUUACAUUUUUUUUUUUUUUAACUCUGCUAAGUCCAUAAAUGGACUUCACUGGCAUUUUACAAAUGCACGUGAUUACAAUUACACACUUCUUUCAAAGGAAAUGUUAGGCUAAGUUAUGACCUUGUUAUCACUAUGAUGUAGGCUAGAAAUUUGUAUUCUCUUGUUUUACUAUACCUGCAUGAUUGUUAAGUGUUAAGUUGUGUAAUAAACUAAUUAUAAUAAACAUGUUUUGAUUAUG